AUGUCUAAUACCGAUUUCUUGGGCCGUGCUAUAGAUGUGGUAAAAAAAGCGAUUGAAGCUGAUACAGCCGCCGAGUACGAGAAAGCCUACCAGCUCUAUUACCAAUCACUUGAGCUAUUUAUGCUAGCACUAAAAUGGGAGAAAAAUAUUAAAUCAAAAGAAAUGAUACGGGCUAAGGCAGGUGAAUAUAUGGAGCGUGCGGAAAAGCUCAAAGCACAUUUGGCAGAUGUUGAUGGCAAGCGAAAAGCGACCAGCGUAAAUGGUGCUAAUGUAAGGAGUACGGCAAGCAAUGGAAAAAACGAUGACAAGGAGAGCGACGUCGACCCUGAAAGUAAAAAAUUAAGGAGCGCUCUUGCCGGCGCCGUUCUUCAAGACAAACCAAAUAUCAAAUGGGAAGAUGUUGCAGGUCUAGAGGGCGCAAAGGAAGCACUGAAAGAAGCCGUUAUUCUUCCUAUCAAAUUUCCACAUUUAUUCACUGGCAAGAGACAGCCGUGGAAAGGUAUCCUUCUAUACGGGCCACCCGGAACGGGAAAAUCUUACUUAGCCAAAGCUGUAGCUACCGAAGCAAAUAGUACGUUUUUUAGCGUAAGUAGUUCUGACUUGGUCAGUAAAUGGAUGGGGGAGUCGGAAAGGUUAGUCAAGCAACUCUUUGCGAUGGCACGAGAAAAUAAACCCUCUAUAAUAUUUAUUGAUGAAGUAGACGCUUUAUGUGGACCUCGAGGGGAGGGAGAAUCAGAAGCCUCACGUCGUAUCAAGACAGAGAUGUUAGUUCAGAUGGAUGGAGUUGGACGUGAUAGUAAGGGCAUUCUAGUGCUUGGGGCUACAAAUAUACCAUGGCAGCUAGAUGCGGCAAUUCGAAGAAGAUUUCAAAGACGUGUUCAUAUCUCCCUUCCAGAUCUACCCGCACGCACAAAAAUGUUUGAGAUCAGCGUGGGAACAACGCCUUGCGAAUUAAAUGGUGCAGAUUUUAGAAAGUUGGGUGAAUUAAGUGAGGGGUACUCGGGAAGUGAUAUUAGCAUAGCUGUGCAAGAUGCUCUUAUGCAGCCAGUUCGAAAGAUUCAAAUGUCCACACACUACAAAAAGGUAAUGGAUGGAACCACAGAAAAAUUAACACCUUGCUCUCCUGGCGAUGCUGGAGCUAUGGAAAUGAACUGGACUGAAGUAGAAUCAGACAAGCUUUUGGAGCCUCCACUUCAAUUGAAAGACUUUAUUAAAGCAGUAAAAGGUGCACGACCAACAGUAUCACAAGAAGACAUUAAACGAAGUGAAGAAUGGACUGAGGAGUUUGGGAGCGAAGGUGCUUGA